GUGCCGCGGUUGGUGAGCCUAGAGGUCAGUCAGAGUCAGAGGCAGGGUCAAAUAGGGAGAAAUGGCGACGGAGCCAGGCAGUGGGUGAGUGAUUCUGAAGGGUGGAGGUGUGAGGCGAUUGAUGAUGGUGGUCAGCCGUGACGCAGCUCCCAAAGGGGUGGGAGGUUGACUUCUCUUCUGGCUCCGGCCGGACUCCGAAUGGGAACGUCUGAUACCUACAUCCUCCCACCCGGGUUAGAGGUGAGAGGUCAGAGGCCGCGUCCCCACUCUGGUGUUUGGACCUCAGGUACUCGAAAACAGUGAGGAUCCCGAACCAAAGACUCAGCUUCCAGCUACUUAUGGAGUAAUGGCGCAUCUUUGGAACAAGAUCGGGGAACUACAUCCCAGCCUCACGCUUCAGCUUGCUUGGAGCUUGAGACCUUGAGAGUCCUGGACAGCAGUCUUUUGACCUUGGCAUCUAGACGUCUCCCCUCUCCCCCAUGGCCCUGACAAUGCUGAAUGAGUUCCUGAUUGAGGACCCAAACCCACCUAUGCUGCUGUAUCAGGUUAGCAAGACUGCUCAGUUAGAUACCCUCAACUACCAGAGCUGCUUUAUGCAAGGGGUCUUUGCCCAUUUCCCUGAGAUCUUAUUUAUCCACCGGACCUAUAACCCAACGGGCAAGGUGCUAUAUACCUUCCUGGUAGAUGGACCUCGGGUGCAGCUGGAGGGUCAUCUGGCCCGGGCAGUCUACUUCGCCAUUCCAGCCAAGGAGGAUGCUGAAGGCCUGGCCCAGAUGUUCCAGGUGUUCAAGAAGUUUAACCCAGCAUGGGAGAGAGUCUGUACCAUCCUGGUGGAUCCGCACUUCCUCCCACUACCCACCCUUGCUAUGGAGUUCCCCGCAGCUGAGGUCCUGCUCUCAGCCUUUCACAUCUGUAAGUUCCUCCAGGGCAAGUUCUAUCAGCUGUCCCUCGAACAGCCUGUGGAAAGGGUGCUCCUCAGUGCCCUGCAGAGCACAAUGUGCUCGGCCACCGCUGGCAACCUGAGGAAGCUGUAUACACUCCUGAGCAGCUGCAUCCCUCCAGCCCGGCUGCCGGAGCUCCACUCCCACUGGCUGCUCAAUGACCGGAUCUGGCUGGCGCACCGCUGGCGAAGCCGAGCUGAGAGCAGCCGCUACUUCCAGGGCCUGGAGGUCACCACCCGCAUCCUCAGCCAGCUCUUCGGCACCACCCCCUGUGUGGAACAAGGCAUGGCCUCUCUGCUCCGGUACAUGCAGCAGAAUGCAGGAGACGAGGCAAGCUUCAGCCUGGGCCUGACUCCCCAGAAAAGUCAGGCCCCCUUAGACGUCAGCCCGGAAAGCCCCAAAGUGGAGCGGCUGGUAGAAGCCCGCAUCCAGCACUCCCUCAAUGCCAUCUGCACGGGGCCGGCCGCCCAGCUCUGUCUGGGGGAGCUUGCUGUGGUCCAGAAAUCUGUGCACCUCGUCAGUUCCGGCUCGGAGAAGGUGAACAUCCAGAUCCUGGAGGACACCCAUCGGGUGCAGCCCCAGCCCCCUGCCAGCUGCAGCUGCUACUUUCACCAGGCCUUCCACCUGCCCUGCCGCCACAUCCUGGCCAUGCUCAGUGCUCGCCACCAGGUGCUUCAGCCCGACAUGCUGCCCGCCCAGUGGACAGCAGGCUGUGCUGCCAGUCUAGACAACAUUCUGGGCAGCAAGUGGAGUGAGACGCUGGAUAAGCACUUGGCUGUGGCUCUCCUCACCGAGGAGGUGGGUCAGCUCUUGCAGCACUGCAGCCAGGAGGAGUUUGAACGGAGGUACAGCACCCUGCGGGAGCUGGCCGACAGCUGGAUCGGCCCUUAUGAGCAGGUCCAACUCUGAUUACCUUCCAUGCCCAGAGAUGCUCAUGCACACAUACCCGCUCACAUCCACCCCUACAUGCACAACACACACACACACUAUUCUACUUCCGUGGGCCUUCCUUCCAGGAAAAGAAAAGGGUCUUCUAUUCUACCGUGGCCUGUUAACCUAAAAUGUGUCUAGUUCCUAAGACAGGAGUCAGCAAACCCUUUCUGUAAAGGGCCUGGCAGUAAAUAUUUUAGACUUUGCUGGCCAUGGUCUCUGUUGUAUAUUCUUGGUUUGGUUUUGUUUGGCAGCCUUUUCAAAUGAUUAAAAACCAUUCUUAGCUCAAGGGCCUUAGAAACAGGUGGCCCUGCUCUAGGAUAAGAUACUGGGUGGAGAUCAGGUGCGGGGGCUUGGUAACAGCUUCCCCAGUCAUUAGAUGACUCACCUGACCCACAGAGGAGAGGAGGUGGAUCCCAGCCUUUGUUCCCUGGCCCCCACAGGGGGGUCAUUAAAGUCACAUUUGCCUAUUCCAGCCCUCGUCUCAUUUUGUAUCUUCUAGAAGACAGCAGAGCAAAUAUCAUGGAAAGAAUAGACUUUGGAGUCUGCCACUACGUGCAAAUCCCAGUUCUUUCAAUGCCUGAUUUUUGAGGCCUAGUUGUACCUUUUACUAGCUCUGGGACAUCAGGCAAGUCCCCCCUCAAAAGGCUCGAUCUGUUCAUCUGUAAAAAGGAUAUCCUCCCAGCACUGAUGAGAUUAAAGGAGAGCCUGCCUGUAAUGGGCCCAUGACCAGUGGGCGCUCAAGUGUUCAUCUUCCUUCCUUGACACUCGUCCCAUCACUUGCCCUCAGCUGGCUGGGAAAUGUCAGGCAAGAGGAAAAUUCACGUUGCCUAGGACUUUGUAUCACAGUCUUGAUCAAAUCCUGAAACAAGACAAAAGAGGCCUCCACUCCAAGCGGGGGGGCCCCCUAUCUCAGGUGAUUUUCAUUGUUACUACUCUGAGAAGUCCUGUCUCCUGACUUACUGGCAUCUGGAGAAAGUUCCUGGGUCUGGGCCCUGAUGAAAGACUUGUAUUGACAAGAGUGGUUCAUACCACCACCCUAUCCCCAUCCGUCUCACAGGCACUCCCAAUUCUGUCUGCCCAAAAACCAUACAGAGAAGCUGCCCUGUGCGUCUGGUGCUAUUUCAUCCAGCUACAAGCAGGAGCCAGGAGGCUGGCCUCUCCUGGAUCUCAUGAGGGGCAUUUGCCCAGAGGCUGUGUGGGCACGGGCCUGCUCCCACCGCGCCCCCUCCGCGGCCCCCUCUGGCUCCGGAUGGGCCAUCAUGAAAGCUUGAGCCGCCCGGAUCAGGUCCUCUUCCCGAAGCCCUGGGACAGGCACGGUGGGGAUGCCUGCGAUCAUCAUGGCCAGGGUAAGGAUGCAGAUAUCAGGCUGGGAGCCGGCCUCCUUCCCCCCUGCCUCAGAGGGCAUCGGUAGAACCCCUGGUGACAGCCCACACAGCAGCAGGGGCCCAGGCCUGCUGGGGCCACCCAGGCGGGGAGCUCUGCUUCUGGAGCAGCCAUCCUCCCAGCCCAAGCUCUCCGGCUGCCUUGCGAGGGGGAAUCUGUGGUUGUAUCGGCCAUAAUCCUUCCGCUGCAGUGUCUCCCAGCCAGGCCCCCCAGGGCAGCCCCUGGCUUCCGGCACUGCCAGGGCUGGGCCCCAGGCCUGGGCAACAGGAGCCACCUGCUCAGCUUUCUGGCUCACUGGGCCUAGUCCACCAGAGGCCACCACCACUGGCUCUAUAGGACUAUAGAGGCCAAGGGAUGAGCCUGGAGAAGUAGCCCCACCUGUAGAGACAGGAACGAGAUGGAAUGUUACUCUCGGUGUCUUUCGGGAGGCCCUGAGGGGCAGGGCACAGAAGCAGAGUACUGGAAACAGGAGUGAUUAAGACCAGCCCAACAGGGCUGUCUAGUGGUUGGGAACUAGGUGUUUUACUCAUAUCCGCACCCCCGGUCUCCAACACUGAGUAGGUAAUGGAGAAGUGUUUGUUGAUUGAAUGAGUGAGCAGGUAGCUACUGGCAAGACCUUUCAGAAUGGCUUUCUUCAGAGAACUGAUUCCAGGGCCAGCCCAGAAAUGUCCAGCAGAACCCCCACCUCCCCAGAGCCAGGAAAACAAGUUCUCAGGGAAAGUUGUGAUGCCCCCUCCAGUUCCGGGAGCCCCUCUCUCACCUUGACUGGAAGGCGGAAGACCUUGAUGAGUUUGUGGAGACAUGAAAUAGGACAUGGCGGCCGCAAAGCCCCCGUUUGUGAGGGAACAGUCCUCUGCCUCCUGUCCUACCCCUUCCACCAUUCUAGAAUGUCACCUCAUAGUCCCUCCCCUUUACACCUGGAACCCACCUCAUAGCACUGACCUGUUCGUUCUAGAACCUGUAUAUGACAAUAGUAUGGGGUUAAAAGAGUGCUGGACCAGGAACAGGACAUUCUAGGUUCUUACUUCUACCUUGGGCAAGUCACUUGGAUAAUUUUGUUCUUUGAUAUUCUCCUCUGUAAAAUGGAAGUAAUGAUACUCACUUCCUCACCAGAAGUCGUGAGCAUUAAAUGAGAUUAUCUGUCAUGGAAGCAAAUGAUCAGAGAUACCAAUAAAGAAGCGAGUGCUUUGUGCUCUGCAGUAUGAGAAGGA